UGUUUAAUUACUGACUGUGGUGGAAAGGCUCUUAACUACCUGGAUUAUUUGCAGCAUUUUAAGGUGUGAAUGGAAACAUCUCGUCUACGGUGUAAACAAAUUCUACUGCUGUUCUUCGCCCUACUUUUGGACUGUCCGGUUCGGUUGAAGGUUCCAGUGAAUGGACGACAGACAACUGUGAGCCCGUGUAUGAUUGUCUCAGAAACCCCAUAGAUGCGUGAGAAAUCCUGGCGUGACCGUAUCCGCCAUUUUACAUCACCCGAAGUGAAAGAACCCAACCGGACUUACGGCGGGGAGUCGUAGAUCUGUUUCUUUUCAUAAAAACACCCCCAAAAUUGAGCUGAUCCUUACCGUGCACCUUAUUGAGCCAUCUUAAGAUUGCUGGAGACAUGGCAACAGAACAUGUUAAUGGAAAUGGUACAGAAGAACCAAUGGACACGACUGCUGCAGUUACCCAUUCUGACCAUUUCCAAACUUUGUUAGAAGCUGGUUUACCACAGAAAGUUGCUGAAAAACUAGAUGAAAUUUACGUAGCAGGCCUUGUAGCACACAGCGACUUAGAUGAAAGGGCAAUAGAGGCCUUGAAAGAAUUCAAUGAAGAAGCCGCACUACAAGUUCUCGUUCAGUUUAAAGAAAGCGAUCUUUCACAUGUGCAAAACAAAAGUGCCUAUUUGUGUGGAGUCAUGAAGACAUACAGACAGCGGGAGAAGCAGGGGACCAAAGUUUCAGAUUCUAGUAAAGGACCGGAUGAAACAAAAAUAAAAGCACUGCUUGAGAGAACCAACUACACGCUCGACGUAACAACAGGCCAGAGAAAGUAUGGGGGACCCCCGCCGGAGUCAGUGUACUCAGGACUUCAGCCCCAUGUGGGCACUGAGAUUUUUGUUGGGAAGAUUCCAAGGGAUUUGUUUGAAGAUGAACUGGUGCCUCUGUUUGAGAAGGCCGGCUCGAUCUGGGACCUGCGGCUCAUGAUGGACCCUCUCACCGGCCUGAACAGGGGCUACGCCUUCAUCACCUUCUGCACUAAAGACGCUGCACAGGAGGCAGUUAAGCUGUUUAACAAUCAUGAAAUUCGCCCGGGCAAACACAUUGGAGUGUGUAUAUCGGUUGCGAAUAAUAGACUGUUUGUUGGGUCAAUCCCCAAAAGUAAAACGAAAGAACAGAUAGUGGAGGAGUUUUCUAAAGUCACAGAGGGUCUUAAUGACAUCAUCCUGUACCAUCAGCCUGAUGACAAAAAGAAGAAUCGAGGCUUCUGCUUCCUAGAAUAUGAGGACCACAAGACAGCCGCCCAGGCCCGACGGCGCCUCAUGAGUGGCAAGGUCAAAGUGUGGGGCAACGUGGUCACGGUGGAGUGGGCCGACCCCAUCGAGGACCCAGACCCUGAUGUCAUGGCCAAGGUGAAAGUUCUGUUUGUACGAAACCUUGCAAAUAGCGUAACAGAAGAAAUACUUGAAAAAGCCUUCGGUCAGUUCGGUAAGCUGGAACGUGUAAAGAAACUGAAAGAUUAUGCCUUCAUUCACUUUGAGGAGCGGGACGGAGCCGUCAAGGCUCUGGCUGAAAUGAAUGGGAAACCACUGGAGGGUGAACCGAUUGAAAUAGUGUUUGCAAAGCCCCCCGACCAGAAGAGAAAAGAGCGCAAGGCCCAGCGGCAGGCAGCUAAAACAUCAACGUAUGAUGAUUAUUAUUACUACGGCCCCCCUCAUAUGCCCCCUCCCACUAGAGGUCGGGGUAGAGGCGGUGGUCGGGGGGGUUAUUCCUACCCCUCCGACUACUAUGGCUACGAGGACUACUAUGACUACUACGGCUAUGACUACCACAACUACCGCGGUGGCUAUGACGAUCCAUACUACGGUUAUGACGACUAUCAGGCCCCACCAGCCAGGGGCAGAAGCAUCCGAGGAGGGGCACGAGGUGGCGCGCCUCCAGCCAGAGGGAGAGGAGGGGCGGGGACGCCCAGGGGCCGAGGAGGGUCCGGCAGUUACUCCCAGCGAGGCGGCGGGGGUCCUGGAGCGAGCCGAGGGUCACGGGGGUCCAGAGGAGGUGCGCAACAAAGAGGCCGCGGGGUACGUGGUGCGAGGGGUGGCCGCGGUGGAAGUGUAGGAGGAAAGCGCAAAGCUGACGGGUACAGCCAGCCAGAUUCCAAGCGCCGCCAAACCAAUAAUCAGAACUGGGGCUCUCAACCCAUUGCUCAGCAACCGCUACAAGGUGGUGAUCAUUCUGGUAACUAUGGUUACAAAUCUGACAACCAGGAGUUUUAUCAGGAUUCUUUUGGGCAACAGUGGAACUAGUGGAACUAGGGAUUUUUUUAUUUAUUUUUUAUUUAAUUUAUUUAAUUUUUUGAUUUUGUAUCUUAUUUUUUCCGACAAACCCUCUCCUUUUUAUCAAAAGAAAGAAACCGAAAAAGACUCAAUCUGACAUUUGAUUGGCCCGUCAAUCCAUAUGGUGGCCUAGCGUUUACAAAUUGGUGAUAUCUGGCACGGUUUUUAAUGUAUAUAUUUUUAAUAAUCCGCUUGGACAUGAAAAGUAGUCACUCUAUGCUUCUGGCAAACUGGUUUUAUUGUCUUUUAAAUUUGUGUUCAAUUAGUGCUCUAUAAUCUCGGAUUUGAAAAAAUAAAACAAAAAAAAAAUAAUUUCACUUAUGUGCUCAACCUGUCUAUUUGGCUUUAUAGCAUCAUGUUUGUUCAUGGCAGUUUUGGUCUCCAUGUCUUAAGUAGGUAACGGUUACAAAGCAUAUAUCUCCAUGUUGUAUUUACCAUAAAAUAAAUGACCAUAAAGAUCAUUUGUAUGUUACAAAAGAUGAUGCUAGUACAAUGGCAUGUCUUGUUUUGGGGGGGAAAAAAUACUUUUUUGGCAUUACAUUUUGGCUUGUACUUUGCUGUUUUGUCUGCUUUAAUAAACAUUACACGCAUCAGUGUACAAAAAAAACAAACUCAAAUUGUGUUUCAAAUUCAUGUUUCGGCAAAUUUUCUCCUUAAAUUGCCUUCAAAUUUAAAGCUCCUUGUGGAAGAAAAGGACGCAAAGGUUUGCUUAUGUUAGCCACAUGCUGCAACCUCACUUUUGCAUGCCAUCAAAUUUGUAAUCACCAAGUCGGCAUCCUCUUUCCACUUUCUCCAACUUUUUAUAUGUAUGUGUAGUGGCAUACUUCAUCAUUUCAGUUACUGCAAACUCAACAGCAUAUGUUGAUCAAAAUAUAAGUUCUUCCAUUGGGGAAAAAAAACUUUGAGGGAUUUUGUUAAAGGAAUCCCAUCAAAACAAAGUUGUUUCUAGAUGUUCAGGAUAAGCUUGUGAUGGUGAAUCAAUCAUUUUAGGAGCCACAGAUCACAGGAAGCACAAUUUGAUUCUUUUUCGAAGGAGAAUUUAGCAAAAUCUCUGACAGAACAUCUGUCUCCAAAGGCUAUUAACACUGAUCUGGCACUGCAUGUACUUUUUCUUUAUUUUUCUUUCUCCAAGACUAAAAAUCACCAGGAAAUAAUUGGCAUGCAUGUACUCACCUGCCUCUAUAAUAAUAACCGGCCAUCCCUUUUCCCCCCACUUUAACUACUACUGUUGUCACCAGUGAGACACCAAUGCUUGUUUUGCUUAAGCCAUAUUCUUGUGCAUGUGAAAUGGAAGGAUGUGGGUAGUAGUGAUGGUGUCUGCCUUUUUUUUGACCCCCUUUGUUUAGUUCUGUCAUCUCAACAUCCUCAGUGAUGUUCUCGAUCUCUAAUUAUGUCUGUCACGCACUUCUCUGUAGUUUUGGCUUGUGUCUGUUUAUGUCUUGUUUGAUGCUCAGAUGAUAUGAGUUCUCUUCUAAUUGUUUCCUUUUCUUACCCGACUAGCAGGGAAAAGGGGUCGAGGAUGGUCCUGACCAGUCACUAUGAAGACUAACCUUGGAAUAGGGGGUUGCACCAGAAGCUUCCAGUGGAUUUGAUGGUAAGGUCAAUUCAGCGGUCCAGUGAUACUCCAGCCUUACUGAAGCAUAUCUCCCAGACUGCCAAAAUAAGAGCAAACUCAACAUGUUUUUGGACUAUUUGCAGUUUUUAUAUAUCAACUCGCCACAAUCUGUACCCACACUCCAGCACCCUAUCUAUCCCCAAAGAAUUUGCCAUUUGUAGUUGAACAUAAUUUGUUUGAGUUUUCCAGAAGAAUUCUCAAGAUUUUUUUUUUUUUAAUUGUAAUUGAGAUCUUAUUUUGCACUUUGUCAGACCAGAGUUCAAACAGAGGAUUGACAUAAAUGUCAAAAGCCUGUCCUAGCUAACUACAAAUGCACUCAAGAAAUCAGAGACUUCUGCGAGGUCUUACCACUUACCUGUAUAUUAGGAUUCAUAGCUUUUCUUUAGUUUUUAUUUUUAUUUUGAGUUAGCUGGGACAGGUUACUUCUGUACAGAGAGAAUCCUCUGUUAGAAUUCUGGAGUCAAGUUUGAUGUGGCUCUAAGGAGCAUGAUGCUAUGUAUAUUUUUGUGCUAAUUUUAGCUUUAUCAUGGAAUAUGUCUCCUUUUUUUAUUAUUGGUCGAAUGGAUGAUGUUUGCCAUUUUUUAAGGUGUAAGCACCUGGCAUGAACAGUCAGGCAUUCCAGGCAUGUGGUUCUUUUCAGAACUAGUCUAUUUUUGUUUAUUUCUUUUUUCUCUUUUAAUAAAGGGUUGGUUAACUACCUCAAUAUGGAGGAUUUAAACUGCCCUAUCUUUACUGUACAUAGGGAACCUUAUGAUGAAAGCAGGGCUUGACCCCUCUACCCCAAAUAAGGCACAAGGGCAACAUCAGAACUCUCUUCAUGUAAAGUUAGUAUGUUUUUUGUUUCUUUUUUUUUUUUUGCUGUUUGCCGGAAAUUUCAAAUGGUGUAACUGGGCAAGUCCAAACUCACAUGAGCCUGAACAAGCCUUGCCUUCAUUAUCUUUCAACAGGAUAGUUACUGGUUGUAUCAUAGUUUUAGGAAAACUGUUACCUUUUUUUUUUUUUUUUUUAAAGAAAAAGCUUGAACAUUAAAACAAGAACAGCGCCAACUACUUUUUAAAGAGGUUCUGCAGUAUCCCUUUUCCCUUCAGUGGAAUAACAGGUCUUAACCUUUUUUUAUACAACAGCAUCCUUUUUUGAGGGUGUGCUUCUACACAAUGAUGUCCAAAAGCCAUCAUCCAUACUAUUCAUGUAGACACAACUGACCCCUAAACAUAUGAGGAGCUGCCUUUGGUCACAUUUGACACAUGUGACGUGUUACUAUUCUAGAUUACACCUAGUACGUGAAAGAACAGCAAUAGCUGGAGUAGAGACUUUCCCAGUUCUAAAGGGAUACUGCAGCUUUGAGCUUCUUUUUCUUUACUUCAUGGAUUGUCAUAUGCAGGGUUUUUCUAAACACUAGACUUUCCCCAGGGAGUCUGCAACAUCUUCAACCCUUAGCCAGGUUUAUGAACCAGUUUGUUGGUGGCUAAGAAGUGUUUUUUUUGCAUUCCUGCAAACAAAUUGUUUUAUAUUGUAAAUUAAGUGGUGUAACUUAUUUUUAAUAAAGUUAAUGAUUUUCUUUAA